AUGAUGAUGCUCAUCUUUUUUGCACAGGACGAAACCCCGAUCGAGGUGAGCAGCGAGGACUACCAUAUCGAAUACUUUCAAAGCAAGUCUAUUUCAGUUAUAUACAAUGCUACGGUGCAGGAUUCCGGGGAAUAUCGCUGCGAUUUAACUUCACACAGGAGUAGCCUUUGCGCAGUCGCUGCUCAAAUACAAGAGGAGAUCAGUGAAGUGGCGCCAGUCUUCUCACAGGAGUUGCCUGAGCGCCUGGAGGUGCGUGAAGGUCGGGCAACAACACUCGAAUGUCGCGUUGAAGCGAACCCACCUGCCAGCGUCGUCUGGCUCUUCGAUGACAGGCCUCUGGACACCAGUACCGAGGCCUCAGCGACAGUUUAUGAAUCGCGCAUCGAACAAGACGGUCUCAUCCAGCUGGGCAUUGUAGAGGCUUUUCCUGAAGACGAGGGCAUUUACCGCUGCGAGGCCACCAACGUGCUCGGUACGGCCAGUACUCAGGCGGAGCUGAUUGUCAUCGCAGGUAGGGCCAUCUAG